AUGGUGUCCGGCCUCGGAGCUGGCUUGUCCCUAGCGGGGCCCCGUAGGGCGCCCUCACUCUUUCGCCCUGUCAUGGAAGGUGCCGGAGCCCCCUCGGAGACCCUGCGCUACGCUGAGUACGGGAGGGUCCCUGGCGGUGGCCGGCAGGGUGAGCCCGACAUGGACAGGGGGCUGGCCAGAACUAUGAUGGCAGUUGGCCUGGGUGUUGCAGCUGUUGCAUUUGCAGGUCGCUAUGCUUUCCAGGUCUGGAAACCACUGGAACAAGUAUUCACAGAAACAGCAAAGAAGAUUGCAACCGCUAGCUUUUCAUCCUACUAUAAAGGAGGAUUUGAACAGAAAAUGAGUAGACGAGAAGCUAGUCUUAUUUUAGGCAUAAGUCCGUCUGCUGACAAGGCCAAGAUUAGAACAGCUCAUAGGAGAAUCAUGAUUUUGAAUCACCCUGAUAAAGGUGGAUCUCCCUACUUAGCAACAAAAAUAAACGAAGCAAAAGAUUUAUUAGAAUCCAGCACCAAAAAUUAAUGUCCAAGGACUUCUGUGAUAGAACUUUUUUAUACAUGCCUUUCUACUGGAAAUCCUGUAGAUAUAUUGUGCAAUAGCUACGUGCUGCUCUAUAUAGCUGCAUAACACUGGAUCAAAUAGUCAGUUGUCUGUCUUCAUUAUUAAAGAGCUAAGACUAUUUAAAAAGCAAACUGA